AUGAUGGCGUAUCUUAGACAUAACGCCAUCUCCGCCGCUUCUCAGCCAGGGGGGGCUGCGGAGGCGGUACCGGGCGGCCAACCCACGGCUCCCCAGGAAGUAGUCGCGUCGGCCACGCAGCCGGCCUGCGACACUUCAGCUCUAGGUACUGGAGGCGGAGAUGCUCGAGGUGACACUAACGAGGGAGGAACCGCGGCAGAGGCCGCCGAUGCACCAGACGGGGAUCAGUCAGCGGCAGGGCCUCAGCCGCCGGUGCACCAGGAGGAGACCAGUCAGCGGCAGGACCCCCUCCGUCCUCUAUGGUGGACCCCUCGGCAGCAUCCAUGUUCCAUGCUUUGGUAA